GCUACCAAAUUCUUGCUAAAUUUCUACGGUUUCGUGCGGUUAACCUCUGCGCUUCGUUUGGGACUUCAACACCAGUUUCACAAGACCAAAAUCAGAAAUUGAGGAGAUGUCUUCGGAAGGAACAGUGAGUGUGGUAGGAAGUGAGGUGAUGCCUCUAGAGUAUGGUGGUAUGGACUCAGAGAGUAGUCCGUCUCCAUCUAGUUCGGAAAGGACAGUGGAGGAGAGAAAGGAGCGAGAGAUAGUGGAAAAGGUAGAAGAGGAAAUUCCCUCGAACAUUAUGGAGGUUAAGGGUGAUGUAGAUAGGUGUUAUGACCCAGACUUAGGUAUAGUAUCCGAGGUGAGGGAGUAUGAGAGUGAAUUGGGUAGCAGCGAUAGCCUUAAGGGCCUUGUAGGUAACUGCAAACUUCUUCACCACGUGUUAAUUAGGCCUGCCAGGGUGAAUGAGAGCGUGCUCAGCACCCCGAGAUCACUGGAUGCCCAUUUCGGGGGUAAGAGUGAAAAGGGGUGGUAUUACUUCGGACCUCGGACGUCCAGCAAAGAGAAUAUGAGUUUAUUCACUGCUGGACCGUCAUCCAUUAAAGGAUGGAAAGAAAAGUUUUUCUUUGUGGAUGACACCGAGUGGAGUAGGAGGGAGGCCGAAGUAGAAUACUUGUCUGCUUGGAAAGCUAAGAAAGUCAAGCAGAACGAGUACAAGUUAAAUGAGGAUGAGGUGGAAGAGGUAAGGAAGCUGGUGAGGGAGGAAGGUGACUUAGUGGAUAUUUUGUACCUCACCAGCUCGAAAGCGAUAGAGGCUGCUGAGCUCUAUGGGCCAAACUCAUUGAGUGAAUCUGAGAUGGAGGGUUUUUUGAACGCUGCUAGGGGGCUGGCUAUCCCGAAGAAGCCAAGGAAGAAGUCAAAGACUUCAAAGCCUAUAAGGAGAAGCAACGAAGAGGUAAGUGAGGAGGUGGAGCCACUUCGGAGGAAGAAAAAGAAGGUGAUAGAGUCGGAAGUUAGGGGGGAUGAGGUGGUUGAAUUCAUACCUUGGCCUUCUCCUACUGAGGUUGAACCUGAAGUCAGGGAGAGGGAGGAGGCCGAAGUGCAAGGCCCUGGCAAAGGCAAGGAACUCAUCCCUCCUCCUUUGUUCCAGAAGAGUUUGUUCGAGGCAAAGAACAUCACUUGGGUGAAGUGGUUUCUCACCGCAACUCUUCCGGAGGUGGAUAGAAGGCAGGCACGGGACGAGGCGGUGAGCCAAGUGGGGGCUCUCGUUGUGAGGCACACCCUGGAGAGUGCAAGCUGGGUAAACGCUCUGGCGCAAAAGUAUGCGGAGAGCGUGAAAGACCGCGCCAGCUUAGAUGCCUUGAGCACAAAACUUAUCUUCAAAGAGCGUAAGAGGAAGAUCUGCGAAGACAAGCUUGAGGCUCAAGACAAAUAUAUUGAAAACAUGAACAAAGGAGUGGCGGAGCUGAAAAAGAACGUGAAUCUGCUGGUUCACAACGGGAUGGAGGAACAUAUUGGCAACUUCCUCAACUCCAGCACUUUUGGGAGCAUUGUCAACCUCUACCGACUGCCGACUACAAUCUUGGUGUUCAUCGACUAUAGAAAGAAGGUGAAAGCUCAGUAUCCCGAGGUGGACGUAACGACGGUUACCUUUGGCGAUCAAGAAGAAGGGGUGAAGGAGGACGGUGAGAGUCUUUCUACUGACUUCCGACCUCAGAUUAAGCUGAGGUGGGAGCGUGAUGCAGAGGGAUGCACUAUCUUUCCUCCAGCCUUUGACGCUGAGCUCGUGGCGGUAGAGGAAGAGGAAGAAGUGCGAGAUGCUGAAGUUGAGAACCAGGCAGACCCGACCGAAGUCCAGCUUCCUGAAGUUCAUCCAGUUUCCUCAGAUGAAGUGCAGCUGGCUCCUCAUGAAGCAGAAGUGCCACCUCUACCAACUGGAGAUGAGCCACCUCAACCACCUCCUCCUGUUGAGGAGCAGCCUCCUUUCUUAGUAGAAUAGCUUAGGAUUUUUUAUUUUUUAGUUGUGUUUGUAAUGAAAAAUUUUGUAAUUAAUUUUUUAUUGAUUUAUAAAAUUUUUGAAGUUAUUUUUGGUGUGUAUAUUUUGAUGUUUGAUUGCUGUUUUGUUUCAAGUAAAUCACUUCGGAUAAAAUAAAGUGACCUUAAUUGA